AUGAGUCGUUUCCGCGAGCAUGACUACCUCAGCUUGAAUCCGAGCAUUGGGGAGAUGCACGGAGAACCCAUCGAGAUGGAAAGGAAGGGCCCGUAUAUAUCACGGGAGCAGGCUUCACGGGACAUUUCUCCAAAUGCUGCCUUGGUCUACAAGCACGAUAUCGAGCAGCCUUCGCAUCGGCCAACAGGUGGACUCGACACCCACUGGGAUCCGCCGUUUCUCCGGCGUUGGGUCCUGGCUCUCUUUGCUGUUCUCUUCGUUGCGAUCAUCGUCGGCUUACAGGCCAUCUACAGCGUCUCCGUCAGAGAUCAGGGCAUUGCUAGUAGCGAUGACAACAAACACUAUCUCUGGACAUAUGGUCCAACCGCUGUUUUCGUCAUUUUUACCGUUCUCUGGCGACAAGUCGACUAUGCAGCAAAAUCGAUUCAACCCUGGGCAGAGAUGGCCAAAGGGCCGCAGCCUGUCCAGGACAGCCUUCUGCUCGACUAUGUAACGCCACUCCAGCUCUUCUCACUUUGGAAGUCGUUACGAAAAGGGCAUGUCGCGGUCGCAUCAUCAAUAGCAGUCUUCUUCCUGAUCAAGAUUAUCACGAUCGUGUCCACGAGUACUUUCGAACUCAUCUCCAUCCAGCGAAGUGGUGUGGCGACAACCAUGUCCUUCAAUACCACCUUCAACGGAUCCAGCUUCAAUCACGCAGCAUCGGUUGACGCGCGGGCCGUCAUCUCCGUGUACGGCGCAAACCAAUACAAUGUUUCUCUGCCAGUGGGAACCUCAGAUACUUAUGCUGUCCAGACAUUCAGCCCCGCAAAUGGCUUCAUCAACGGGAGUUUGACCUACACUGCAACAGUUGAUGUCUUCAGUGCCAGCCUAGUGAAUUGCACGACGGGGACGAUUAAUUACACCAUUAGUCGUGACAGAAACUACAAUACUCCGGUGUCGGGUUACUACAACACAUCUGUUUCCUUGCCCGACUGUGAAAUUCACAAUGCAUACCUUCGUGCGCCGGAAUGGUAUUAUCAGACGAACGUCACAAAGCGUAACUUCGGAUACAAGGGAUCUUUGCAGAACGUAUCUUGCUCGAAUCUGGCGGAAGACGACCCUAAUCGAGACCGAUAUAUGAUCUCUGUGGCAUACUCCGAAGGAUUCAGCCAAGACGCCUUCACGAUGCUCAACUCGUCCAACGUUGUCUGCACGCCGACUUAUUCUAUCCAACAAGGUGCAGUGACUUUGGACACGAACGGAAAUAUUCAAUCUGUCGACCUGAUUGGAAAACCUCGUACGCUCGACGGCGUCAGUGGCGUUGACAUUGCGAAAGGUGUUUUGACAUCGGCCUCAAACAGCUAUGCGAUCUCAAAUGAUGACUCGUCAUCUGAUGAAGUUGUGCUCGACCCUUUCAUGACUUUGAUGCGGGAAGCCUCGGACAAUUUUCAGACCACGCAGCUCCUGGACCCCGCCUACCUGACCAGCGUCGGCAACAAAGCCUUCGGCCAGGUGUCAGCACAGCUGGCGAGAAUCUAUUUGCUUACAACACCUUCCACAGACGCUGCCUCGACGGUUGACGGCACCGUCUCCGAGUUCCAAAAUCGCCUGGUUGCGCGAGCAGCCCCUGUCCAUGCCAUGCAAGGUAUUGCUGGCGGUAUGCUCGUUUUCACGUUGGUCAUGCUGUUCUGGACGCCUCGAGGUGUCGUCCCGCGAGCUAUCGAUUCGAUUGCAGCUGUCGCGGCCAUCUUAGCCCGCAGUCCUCUCCUCGAGGCACGACUCCGAGGUACAGGUCACAUGAGCCUGGAGCAGCUCCGAGAACUCCUUUCACCUUACCGCUUCAUGACGUGCAUCGGGUACGAAGACGGAGCCAGAUCAUUCUCGAUCCGAAUGUCCACUGCUUCAGAAGUCCACGAGCUGAACAACGAUGAAGACAGUAUGUUUCACAAUGUGAAGUGGAUCCAACCUUUUAUUCUGCGCAGGAUUGCAAUUGGGCUCACCAUGCUCGCAUCUGUAGCCGCCAUCAUUGUACUCGAAGUCCUCCUCUCACAGUCUCGCGCCAACGAUGGCCUCGGCAAUGUUCCGGGCCAAAACGACGCCACGCGUUACAGCUGGCUGUACGUGCCUGUGCUCGUCUUCGUCCUUCUCGGCACCCUCUUCAACAUCAUGGACUUUGAAAUUGAGUCUGCAGAAUCGUAUCACGCAAUGGCCAAGGGCUUCUGCAACGCCAGUUCCAGCAUGCUGUGGUACCCUCUUCGCCACAUAUCGCUGCACGCGACUUGGAACGGUCUGCGGCACAGCAGAUUCGCACUGACCGCAGCAUCCGCCUCAGCGGUUCUGGCGCCUUUCCUCACAAUUGUCGUGUCGGGUCUUUUCAUCUCCCAAGCGACCGUCAAGACUACACCACUGCAAGCCACGGCCCUGAACUGGUUCAACACGACGACGCUAUCAUACUCCACAUCAUCAAGUAACAUCCCAUCUCUCGUCAUUGAGGGCAACAUGUCCUAUCCUCAGUGGACGUACGACGAACUGGCCAUCCCCCACAUCAAGGUCAACCAAUCCGAUGAACAAACAUUGCUUCAGAACACGUCCAUCUCGAUCUCGACACCUGCAAUCAGGGCUUCUGUGAGCUGCUAUGUCGUCCCGCAGGAGAGACUUCUACAAAUUGCUAUACCAGACACAGAAGGAAUCAAUGAAGUCAACAUCUCCAUGGCUGCGGGCUGUGGCAACUCAGGCUUCGCAGACCGACCAUACGAGUAUCUCAUCACAAAUCCGUCAGUUCCCGUCAACGUGUCAGGUUAUUUCGGUGCAACAGAGGUGUUAGUAGGUCAAUACCAUUAUUGCCCCACAAUCGCUUUGUUUUAUGGACACAUGACAGAGAACAAUGUGAUGGACAACUUCACUGCAUACUUAUGCACGCAAGGCCUCGAACGUGUCAAUGCUAAUGUAACCUUCGACCUUCCAGACAUGACCAUCUCCACGGCACCGAUUGUGGAUGACGGAUCCGCUGUCAACUUUUCAAGUUAUCGCGAGGAAUUUCCGACCUUGCUGUCCUUGAACCUCACCGCGACAGACGUGCUCGAUACCGCAUUCGAGGCCAUGGUCUAUGGCCGCGAUGGUGUCCCAAUGGAUGAGCUCACGAACCACACCAAACUUAUCGAUACUUUCACCCAUUUCUACCGUCAGUAUAUGGCGCAAGAGGUCGACGAGUUCCUCCGCGCGGACUUUCGCACGCUGUCCAACAAUGCGACAGAGACCGUUGCCAACCCGCUUCAAGCCACUUAUACCGACGCUCGUAAUAUGCGAGUGGUCCAGUCGUCGCUGUCAACACAUCUGCUCGUCGGCGUCCUUGCAGCACUCUUGAUCUGCGCCGCCACGAUCUUCGUAACGAUUGAUAUGCGACACGUUCUUCCCAAGCCAAUGGGCAGCGUGGCGGCAGUAGCCAGUCUUUUGGCCGGGAGUCGUAUUGUGGACGAGACCUCCGGUCUAAUCCCUAAAGGUUCUGAGUUCUGGAGUGACAACGACUGGGAGAAGAGCGGUAUCUGGCAGGGAGAGAUGUUCAGGAUGGGAUGGUGGGGCAAGUUCGAUGAGCCCAUCAACUCGUGGAGGGGACAACAAGAUAUGGUGACUGGAGUAUACUCUGUUGGUGGGGAUGAGAGUGAGAAUCCUCUGAGUGCUAGUGACACAUCCAGUGUACGGUCGUUCAGGAUUGACGCCAGGCCAAGAGGUGACAUAUAA